CUCCUGGGUUAGGAAGGGGUCACACGGCAGGAGGGAGCCUAGAGGAGAGAGCCUAGAGGAGAGAGGAGCCAUCCUUUAUAACAGAAAAUAAACAUGUUCCUGACCAAUCUACUUCUUCGAAAAGGAAUUCCUGGCCGUCAGUGGAUUGGAAAAUACAGGCGACCCAGGCAGGUUACCUGGCAGAUGAAAAGAGGAGUUAUUAAGCGUCUGGAGAUAGAAGCAGAAAAUGAAUACUGGAUAAGCCGGCCAUAUAUGACCAAAGAGCAAGAGUUCAAUCAUGCGAAAGAGAGAAGACUUGCAACGUUUGAGGCCGUUAGGAAUGCGCAGGUGGCCAAUUUCCCUGAACACAAAUAUUUAGAAGAACACUUAAAUCAUUUGAAUGUGACCAAAAAAUGGACUACUAGCUAA